AAGAUAGAGAUAGAUAUAGAGAUAUAGAGAGAGAGACCGAGGAAGAUGAAGAGUAGGAGUCGUGUUGUGUAUAUAAUGUAUAUAGAGAUGGUCCCGUCCCCCAAUCCCCCCCUCCCAUUACCCGUUACCAUUUCCAAUUCCAUUUGCAUUCCCACAAAAACUUCCGGUACAACUGCGGAUUGUAUAAUUUACAAAUAAUCUUCGUAUUUGUAAGCAAACUUCAAACGAAAUAAAAACGAAAUCAAAUUAGCAGCUACCCCAAAAUGCUACUCAUAAUUAAUUGACUAAUUUAUGGCCAAGAAACAAAGUGUUUUGGAUGAUUAUUUUCCAUCCUUUUACGUCACGGGAAUCCACCGGGCUGAGCUGGGCUUGGCUGAGCUACAAUCCACCCACUGGGUAAACAACCUCACCAACCAUCACUGGUUGGUUACUGGCACCGAACGUUACCCGGCGCAUGAGUCAAGUUCAAUGACGAAAUGCUGAGUGCCACCAAAAAAAAGGGGCAGUGCAAAACAAAGUUAAUUGAGAAAAUUGCCAUCCAGCAUCAGUGCGUGAAAUUGUCACCCCUCGGGGUUUAUAAAUUGGGAAAGUCAGAGCCCAACAUAGUUAGUAGGAAAUCACAGCUCCAUCAUACAAAAUGUCACACCAAUCCAGCUACAGUUGCUGCCUCUCCUGGCUAUUGAUUGCCUGCCUACUGGCGCUGACAACUGCCCAGUACUAUACACAGUACAAUCCGUACUACACGCCCAGUCCAACAUUCUCCAGUUUGAAUCAAUAUUACUACCAGACGACGCCGUAUCCCUACUACUACAGCACGUAUACGACACCGAGUCCUUAUGCCAAUACAAAUAUACGCAUUUGGCCCUAUGUGAUCGGCCAGUAUCUGUAUCCGGUGUACAACAACAACAACUAUAACAAUCCAUAUGCCUCGCUGAGCAAUCCCAACUGGCAGAGCUAUUAUGCUAAGGUCUAUCAGGCGAAUUGGGGUCGAAAGUAAACCGAAAUAAAGGAAGGGGGUCUUUUGUGUUGUUCAGUUAAUAAAAAUAAAUCAGAAAAGUAAUGCCAUACCAUCGUUCUGUAAUGUAAUUGAAUCGCCUAAGAUAGCAAAUUACUUGGGAACAGUUCUUCAAAGAAGCUCUACGGAAACGAUUAUGAUAAAGACCUUCAUCAAAAUGCAAAUUUUAUGGCCGUAUCCAUAUUGAUAGCCAGAGCAUCAGAUCAACCGUCAAAAGGUGUGAGAACCGUUAGGAGUAGAGCGUUCCAAUGAAUGAAACUCUCUGAUAGGUUUUUUUUUGGGCAUAGGAAAGUCCCAUUAAAGCCAGACCCAGAGCAAAGCGAGCUGAACCCCGAAUAACCUGAACCUCCACAGACAGACGACACACAACCUACAGUUGAACCCUGAACGUGAACGUGAACCUGAACUCAGCAGAGAGGUACAUCCAGAGGUGCGUUUCAUGUACUUAACGGUUUUCACACACCAUCGCCAGGUUCCAGUUGGGUGGGGUGCCAUUAUGUAAUGAUUUGGACAAACUCAAGCUCUGGGUAUUACACUGCAUCAGACAUCAGACAGAGCAACGAACUUGUCUCUCAACUUGGAACUUAUGACCGACAGUGGCCGGCCGCCGGUCUCUCUUUAUGUUUAUUUAUGUAA